AAGAUCUUAUAGGACGAGAGCGGCGGAUGGAUCGAUACCUCUUCCGGACUUGGCCCUCGCGUUUUGAUUGACCCCAUUCGACAUCGCCGUCUCGACCUGGUCGCAUCCAUUCAACAGUCUGCUGCGACUCAGCGAACAGGGAUCGAGGAAGACCUGAACAGCGCAGUGUAAAAAAGUAGAACGAACGGAGAGCAGGAGUAGGAGACCUCUCUGCUUCCUCACCCGGCAUCGGGUUCUUUGACGAGGAUGAACCCCGAUUAUGGGCAGUAUGGCCAGGCGCAAGGAUCGAACCAGCAACAGCCUAACUACCAAGCUCUGGCUCAGAUGAAUGGGUUUCCUACCAGUCAAUUCGGAGCUUCCAAUAACAACAGCAACAACCUCAACAAUGCCGGAAACAACAGCGGCUCUCCAAGCCUCGGGCUGGGCAAUAACGGCCUGCCCAUGGGAUUUAACCCGCAAAUGUUCAGUCAAGCCGGUGGGAACCUCAACAUGAACGUCGGUCAGCAACAACAGCAGCAGAUGAACUCGAGUCUGCCGUUGUACCAGCAGACGCAGAUGGCCACACUAGCAGCGUACCGGCAGGUACAGGCUCAGGCUCAAGCUCAAGCUCAGGCGCAAGGUCAAGGUCAGGGUCAAGGUCAAGCGGGUCAGGGGACGCUCAACCUCGGCGGGAUAGGUCAACAGCCGCAACAGUCAUUUUCACCCGCCAUGGGUCGACAACAGAGUACAGGUGGACAACCGCAGAUACCCCAGGGGAUGAUGAACCAUCCGACCAUGGUCAGGGCAAUGCAGGCUCUCGCUUCCAACCCGAUCGCUGGCGUGGCUGGAGGGAUGAACAACGGUCAAAUGGGCGGGACGGGUAUGGGGAUGGGAAUGGGGAUGCAGGCGGGUUUAGGGGCAGGAAUGAACAUGGGACUGGGAGGGAUGCAGCAGCAACAGCAGCAUUUCCAACAGCAGAUGCAGCAGCACCAUCAACAGCAGCAGCAGCAGCAACAGCAACAGCAGCAACAACAACAAGGCGGCGGAAUCCAGAUGAAUCUUCAGCAGCAGGGAGGGAUGGGUCAACCGUUCAGGGGCCAGAACCAACCGAUGCAACCGGGUCAGAAACCUCAGCCAAGUUUCCCCGGAGUUGCCGCAGCGGGAGGGUCCAACUCGUCCCCGUCGCCGAGAAUGAACACCCAGUUCACGCCGAACAUGUAUCAACAGCAUGUGCCUCGACCGUCCUCAGCUGCGUCCCAUCAUUCUCAAGCCCAAACGCAAGUUCAAGGACAGCAACAACAGAUGCCGCCGUCCACGCCGACUCCGCAGACGGGCUUUCCGCCGCAAAUGGGGAUGCCGACCAAUAUCAACGCUUCGACCCUGUUGGGCAAGCGAAAAGAACGCAGCUCGAUAGGUGGGGUCGGGGCUGGUCCCGGGGCUGGUCAAGGAUCACCUGGAACAAACAUGAGGAAUAAGAGGCAGAAUACGGAUGGCGGUGCGGGCCAGACGCAGCAGGCUCAGGGUCUAGGUCAACCGCAGGGGAUGAAUCUCGGUGGCAUGAUGCCUGGCGGUCAGCAGGGGAUGAGUCAAGCGGGAUUACAAGCGAUGCAGCUACCCCAGGGUAUGAACGGGAACGUUCCGCAGCAACAGCAGCAACUGCCUAGCGGGAUGGCUCUUCCCCAGUCGAUACCGAUGCCUCCGAAUUGCCCGUUUGAUCCUCGACUGUUACCUUACAUACAAGCGUUGUCGAACCCGAGCACGGCAGACGUCAUGCGACAGAACCAGCCGGCGUUCUUUGCGAGCCUCGUCAAGGCUCACGAGCUGCUGAGAUCAGGUGCGGUUGACCCCGAGACGAUAGCGAGCAUGCAAAAGUACGUGCAGCAGGUCGCCGUCCUCGCAAGGGUCCAGCAGCAACAACAAGCGCAACAACAACAGCAUCAGCAGCAGCCGCAGCUUCCACAGCAGCAGCUUCAACAACAGCAGCAGCAGCAGCCGCAAAUGCAGCCGCCAGCUUCCACACCUGCAUCUUCUGGCCCGAACGGCGCGUCUGGCCGAAAGGGUCAGGCCGAAGGCAAACCCGCCAAGUCGCCUGCAAACCCGCCGAAGAAGGAUGAGAAGAAACGUAGUCACAAGGCGAAACCGAAGAAGAACGCUGCCAACGAUCUCAAGCAGCGGGAAGCGGUUGCUGUCCCCGCUGCCGCCGAGCAGUCAAAUAACGCGGCUGCUGGUCCAAGUAUACUGCCAGGUCCGGUAAAUCCGGUUCAUCCCAUCAAUGUUGCCCCUCCCCCACCAUCCGCUCCAUCCAUACCAAUAAAGCCUCCUUCCCCGGCGUACGAGCCGGUGCCGAUCGAGUCUUGGCAGAAAUACCGACAUCCGACCCUCCCCAUCAUGCAUCUGCAGCGAAUACCAGAUGAGCUCGACGAGAUGAAGGAUCCUACUCUAGGCGGUGCAAUCCAACCGCUCUCUGACGGGACGAAGAAUCAAAUGCGGACGUGGAUCGAUCGAGAUAUCGAUUACGCAUCGGCUUGGGACGUACAGCGCAAGCAGAUGAGUGAGCGUAUGCAGGAAUGGAGAGCCACUCAACAACCUGCUUGGUGGGAACACGACAAGCGGAUGCCUAAAGCGAGACCAGCGACGGGGCUCGACUUGAUCUGGCCAGUCGACAAAAACAAUCAGAGGGACAAGAAGCGGAUGAACGGCAAACACAUGGCCCUCCGAUUUACGAAAGCGCAACUGCGAGCACCGGCGAAUGUGCAGGAUCGACUGAUACCUGUGCGUAUAGAUCUCGAGCUGGAUCAGAGCAGAUUCCAGGAUACCUUCAUAUGGAACGCUUCGGACCCCCUCAUCACGCCAGAAAUGUUCGCGCAGACCAUUUGCGAGGACUUUGAUCUGCCGAUGGAGCCUUCGCGGACUCGUAUAGCGGAAACAAUAAAAGAGCGGGUGCGAGACGCCGAGCAAGCCAUCGUUCCGCAAUCCACUUUGGCCGAAGUGGAGAGUGCCUUGACAGAUGAUGACGUUGAGUGGUGGAAGCGCAUGCGGAAAGAAGCUCUGUCGCUCGAUGAACAUGCCGACGAGGAUGACAGGCCAAUGCCUGUUGAAGAUCUGAUGGUUGGGGAUGUGGAAGGGUUACCUUACGAUUUGCGGAUUAGGAUACAGCUCGACAUCAUCUCUGGCGAAAUGCACUUGACGGAUUGCUUCGAGUGGGACAUACAGUCAGAAACGACGCCAGAACACUUCGCCGAGGUGUAUUCGCUCGAAUUAGGCCUGAACGGCGAGUUCAAGACUGCCAUCGCCCACGACAUCCGGGAACAGAUGCAAGCCUAUCUCAAGUCUCUGACUUUGGUCGGAUACGCGUUCGACGGUAGUCGCAUCGCCGACCAAGACUUGGCUGCCGACUUUUUGCCCCCAUUGAGCGAAGUGGUCCGUAACGAUAGCAACUUGAUCUCAACAUAUACGCCCUUCCUGACCGCCGUCACGGAGAUGGACCAGCACGCGUUCGAGCGAGAUCGGGACAAGGACAAGGACCGCAAGAAGAAGCGAGGUACUCGGGCGAGGAGGUUGGUCGCCCUACCAGAUCGUGAACCCGUCAAGACGAAUCGCAGCAGGAUCAGCGGGGGUAUGGACGAGAAUGGUGUUCCGAUCGUGCUUUCGGCCAUUCCCAAGCUACCGCUGCCCAUGAAGCCGACUCCGACGAGGACCAAGACGGCGCCGAGAAGGGCCGCUGCUAUCGCCGCGAAAGCUAACAUCACGACGAUGACGAGCGAGUUGCAACACGACGAUCAUUCGGCGGCACCUAGUCCGGAGCAGAGCGUCGUCAUGGCCGUAAGGGCUAGCAGAAGAAACCGUGUCAAUACGGCUUCUCCCGAACCUGCCAAAGCCGUUGUCCAGCCUCCUAUCAAAGAAGAAGUCGCAGGACCUGCUCGCCGUACGUCAUCUUCUAGCAACAUCCACACCCGUCCGGUGGACCCUCCGAAGGAACGUCCGCCUAGUGCGUGGACUUGCUCGCACUGUCAUCGCCCCGAGGCUGUCUUGGAUGACAAGAGACGGUUCGACGGACCGCUCGGACGACCCAACUUGUGUUCCGAUUGUGGUAAGUCGGUAUGACCCGAGUUCAUGCGUGGCAAGGCGAAAACUGAAGAAACACCAUGCGUCUCUUGUGCUUGUAACAGCUCCCCUCUUCCCGGUCGAGACGGCCAAGAGCAAGGAAGUCACCCCGCCGCCCUUCCAGGAUGUCGCUUCGCCCGACUCGACGUUUUCGGAAGA